CCUGUGCAAAAAACAGCUGAGCAAGUUUGAAAAUGUACUAAUCUUUCUAGAAAUUCCUGUAAACUUGGUGCUCCAUGGAUUUCUACAAUUUAUUCAAAGGUUUUUUUGGUAUACCUAACUCAGUUCCACCAAGGGAGUUUCGAUUUGAUGAAACUGAUAUCAACAGCCAAAAUGAGCAACCUCAAGAAGACCCCAGCUGGUCCAGUUUCAUGGGCAGUCCACAUGAGUUUCAUAAGUUUGUUGAAGAACAAAUGCAGCAUAUAAUGAGUUCCUUUGGUAUGGGCAGACAUGUGACGCCUUUUGAUGAUUUCAAUACUCAAGAAACACCACCAGGCUCAUUAAGGGAACAGUAUUUGAAACCUGGUUUUGAUCAUCCCUCCACUAGUAAAGCAGAUACUGACCUGGAUGGUAGAGUGAGUAUAGAUGAGUUGGAUACAGUUCUAAAACCAUCAGGAGAAAUGCAACCAUACACAAAACCAAUCAUCAAAGGUGGAAUGCACUUCUUUGGUCAGUCAAUCUCCACCAGAACUGUGAGGAAGCCUGAUGGUAGUGUGGAAACGACAAGAACCGUCACCGAUAAUGCCGGUAAUCGAGAAACGACGGUGACGAUGCGCGACAAAAACACUGAGCGCACAAUUACGACGCGAAUAGAUGCAAACGGCGAUGAAACAAAAGAGGAGAAGUUUGUUAAUCUCUUAGACUAGGCGAUAUCAGUGUAGAAAUAUAUUGAAAGCAUCCUCUUGCAUGUUAUACAAUAGUAAUUUUUAAAAUUACAUACAAUAAAUAAUAAUGGUGAUGUGAAAA